AAACUAUUGCUUUGAAUGUGUAUUUAGGUUUUGGACAUUUAAGUUAAAAAGACAAAUUAGCUUGCUUUUCGACAGUAGUUUCCUUAAUGGUUACAUAAAAAUAGGUUUUAAAAAACAUCAAAAAUGGACAGUUUAUUACACGUAAAGUAUGAACAGUGAUACAGAAACCCCACAUCAUGUCACGUCAACAAAAGAAACCACAAGUGAAGUUGGAAGAAAAACAACUGGUGUUUCAGUUCGGAAUUACGCAAGCGCAGUUUAACAGAAAUGGAAGCUUUUUGCUCGUUCUUACAAUCAAAAACGCGCACCGACAGGAUUUAAUACCGCAGGUUUUGUUAGAAGUGAACAAUAAUGGUUCUGAGGUCUACGAACACUCAAUAUCCACCGAUACUGUGAAAUGGUCCAUGGAAAGUCAAGCAGUUACUUUCAAUACAAAUAUGUUUAAGUUUACAUUACCCACAGGUUUCUGUAAAAACGACAAGAAUUAUGAUGUCCACUUAUUAAUUGAGGCAUACGCAUUAUCGGGGAAAAGGAAAGAAAGAGUUGGUGAAGCUCUGUUUGCUAUUUAUCCACGAACUGAGAUGCCGCGUGCCAACUUACAUGUUAAAAAAGGUGAAGAUUUUUACCGAUACUCCGGCAUCAUCACUUUGCUCCGUCCUCUUUCUCGCUCCUCUAUAUCUAUGCAUUGUGGACGACUCUCAUACACUGUGGCACUGAAGGAGUUCCUCUAUUCAGAGACAGGUUAUGUGGAUAGUGAGGAGGAAGAAGAUACGAUUGUUGAAGAGCCGAAGACGGAAGAAAUUGCACCACAGCCAAUAUUACCUCAACAAGUUGCCACUAUUCAUGAAAUUACUAAAAUAAAUGGGUUGUCAAAGCAUUUAGAAGCACCAGCAGAGACAAAGCCACGUGAGAUUAUUGAAAAACCUCAAACAAAGAACGUACAGACACAGACUUUGGAAUAUAAACCUGAACCAGGAAAUCUUGUUCCUACAUCUUUAAAAUCUUCAAAAGAAACGACUUUUGUUUUGAGCAAAGACUCGUUGCAUUCUGAAGACUCCUUUCAUAUUAGUAUGUCUCCCACUCCAUCCCCAGAUUACCAUCUACCAUCCAAUAAACAGAAAACUAUGGACACACCUUUGCAAGAAGACAGCAGACGACAGAGCAUGCAUUCAAAGAACACAAGGAAUGGUAGAACAUCCAGAACGACAUUAAAAUCGCCAACCAUGACAAGCCCAUUACCCCCAGGAACUAAAGGGCCUGUAUCACGCCAUGUAGCGAAACCUGGGCAUGAGGAGGUUUACGUUAUCAUGCAUGGAGCCACAAGUUUACCUUCAAGAUCUGAUGGCAUUGAUCCACUUCCAUUUGCAACAUUGAAAAGUUUGUAUGAAGAGAAAGGGGGAAGACCUGCUCAGUGUGCCACGCAUGCUACACUUCAACCAACACAUUCACCAACAUGGGAAGAAGUUAUGACAAUGCAGGUCCCAGAAGACAGAGUAGAAGAGGAAGAACUGAUCGUGACGAUCUCUGACAGUGAAUCUAAGGAGAAGUUGGUGACGUAUCGUCUUCCGAUCAUCAAUCUUGUUCCUUUCCAUCCUUAUCAUUUUGAACUUGUGCAACCCACCAAGUCCAUACCUGCUGGAAUAAGACUUUACAUGACAGUGCAGAGAAAGAUGGGAUAUUUACCACGGCUUGAGGGAUUUGGCUUCUGUGGCUUAGAAGUAACUUUACAAGAUUUUCAACGGGAACUAAAGAAUCCCGCUGGACCACUUUUAGCUGUAGGACGUAUUGUACCGGACUACACAAAAUACAAGGAUAAUAUGUUAUCAAGAAAUCCAUGCAUAGCUGGCAUCACAACUUCCACAAUAACUUUUCCAUCUCCCAACCCAGCUUCGUUCCAAGUGUUGAAGGAACACCAACAAGGAUUUCCACAGCUUACCACGCCAAGCAAAGGCAGCAACAAACCAGAAUGGAAUCAUUCGUUUAUGUUUUGUAGUAACGACACAGCUACCAUGUUCUCACAUAACUCUGCUCUUGUUAUAGAAUUCUAUCCAGCAAGCACAACAAUGUCGUCUGUCACUUGGACUAUCAGAAAUCCCAUCGGGUUUGCUACUCUACUGCUUGAUGAAGAUGUAUUUCAAGCUUUAACAUCUGACGCUGGUAGACUUGGUGUGAGGGUGGAUGAUCUUAUUGUACAAGGAUCUCCAUUCGCAACAUUGGAAGGUCCUUACCCCAGUGUAAGGUUGAUGUUGCGACUUAUUAACAGUGAGAGACCUGACACACUGGCAGUUCCUUCUAAUUCAUCUGUUCUUCCUGUUCUGGAUGCGAUGCCGGGUGCUCAUGUUGGUUAUCGACCUAAUGAUGUGGAAACGGAGUAUCUUGGAUUAGGAAGAUCACAGAACAAAGAUGUGGACUUGCUCGAAGUGAGUGAUCCCACCUCCGGACUUGGAGGUAGGGAUGACACUGCCUUGGGAGGUCCUCCUAUGGAAAGAAAGAAAACUAGAUUGCUUGUAAAAGAUGACGAGUUCCCACCCAAAGAUGUUCUGCAAAAUAUUUUACCCGACUACGUUUUAACCGAAAACGAUCCAGAUCUGUCUACAACGUCACCAAAACAUACAAUGACUCACCCAUCCCAUGCAACUAACCAAAGGAUGGCAAAGAGUUUGGACACGCACACUCAAUCAUUGCUUGACCAUCAAGCUAAGGAGUUAAUGAAAUAUCGUGAAGCAGUUAAACGAAUGUCUAAUGAUAUGAUAUCACUUCGACAAACCAACGCACAACUACAGGAUGACAACGCUGCAUUGCGUAGAGAGCUUAUGUUAACAAAGGAGGUCGGUCACGAUGUCAUGAACGAUAUUAACAAUGGUGUCAUUUCAUCAAAUGAAGUUGCUGAUAAAUUUGUUGCUGUGAGACAUAAGCUGGCAAAGGAAACUGAUGAUUUAAAAAGUUAUAAAGCAAAAGUACAACACUUGCAGAAUCAAAUGAUAAAAGCAAAUGAAAGAGAAAAGCAAUACCUUACCAAGAUGCCUUCACCAAAAGAGUUACAAAACAACACCCAACAACUGCAGGAUAAACAGAGGAAAUUGAAGAAGUUAGAAGCGACUUGUCAGCAGCAGGAAAAAGUGAUUCAGAAAAUGGAAAAACUUCUUAACAAAUACAUCAAGCAGACAAGCACGAAAGGAAACAUGGGAGAUUUUCCAAAUAAUGUUGGAGACGCAAACAACCAGGGAACAGUUGGGAUUUUGAGUCAAGAGAAUGGUAAACUACAAAUAGAAGUUGAUCAACUGAGGAUGCAGUUAGAGCAUCACAACGAAGAGAAAUCAGAUCUUCUUUCUCGUCUUGAGCGAGCAGAAAGUCGUGUGUCUUCCCUGGAAAGCCAGCUUGACCACAACUCACGUACAUGGGCGAAAGAGAGACACGAACUCACAGUAAGACUCCAGGAACACAGGAAUGGCAUACUGAGGACAACAGGUGGAAAUUUAAGCGAUCCAUUGCUGAACUAACUUGAAGCUUAUCAAGUUUUUCCUGCUGAACUAAGCAAUAUUAAGACCACUGUGCAUGGCAACUUACCUAUGGAGUGAAUCACCAACUUUAGCUUUCACGUUCUGCAUAUCAUACAUAGGUUCCAGGAUACAUAUUCUUGCACAGUGAAAAUGACCAAAGCACUUCUGGUGGGCGGGUGUACACCUCUGAAUUCUCACUGUGACUUUAAUGUUUAUUGUAUCACAAAACGCUUUGUUUGUAUACUUAUUUAAUUUAGUUUAUUGUCGAUUAGUGCAAUUUAAAAAUAGCUUCCAAUAUUAAAGUUUUAAUUGUUUCAGAUAAUUUUAUUCAAGGCUUCCAUUUAGAGCACCAAGCUCUUGUAGUGUUUACCUGUAAUUUUAUAAGAAUAACUUUUUAUCAAUAAAGAUGCAGAUAUUAUUGUUACUUAAAACAAUUUCGUACAUGAAAUACAACUAAUAAAAUACAACAAAUAAGAUACAACAUCCUUAAUAUUUU